GAUGUUAAACAUGUGUUUUAUCAACUCUAAUGAACAUUCGUAUCCUCGUCUGUUCUAAGUUUUUAUCUGGGACAGAAAUACUGUCACACCUGUCCUGUCUUCGUCUUGUGACUUCCUGUGUUUUAUUUUGAAAGAGCAACUCUCCUCUCAUUUCAGGCCACUUGCUCUUCCUCCAUGUGUCACCAGUCUGGUCAUCUCCUUUGAUUGCCUGAAUGUUUCCAGCUGUGGCCCCGCCCUCAUGUGUAUUUAGUGUCUAAUGCCAGAGUGUCGUCGUUCAUGUCUCGUCCAGCCCACGUCCAUGUCCUCGCCUUGUGUCACGCUCCUUGAUUUUGUGUCCCUCGUUUCAAGACAGCACCAGCAGGAGACAGAAGAAAGCACGAGCCAUUUACUACAAUUUGAGGAACAGCAUUGCAACAGUAUGGGCGCUGGCCAGAGCAGUGACAAGCUCCACUGUAACCGCUACCUGGAUGGACAAGGUCCUCCAUCAUUGACACAACAAGCUAAUGACAGGGUGAAUGGAACUAACUACAGACCAAAUGGCUGCCAACCCGAGGGCCAGAUGAACAUGGAAAUCCUACACAGAGGCCUGCCAGGGUUUUCCAAUGACAACACCAUACAGAUCACCUUCAUAUUUCCAGAUGGAAUACAAACAGAGAAACACCCUCACCCUGGCCAAACGUAUGCUGGGCUGCAAGGUACAACUUACCUGCCUGACAAUUUCAAGGGUAGGGGGGUUCUCAGGCUGGUUGACAAGGCCUUUUACCAGCAGCUCUUGUUCACUGUAGCCACUGGCAAAGACGGAAAGGACAAGGUCACAGCUUCCAUUCCCUUAAAAAUGAAUCCAGAUGGAGAGAGCAGAAUUGAUGAUUAUCCAGACUCGGACUACCUGGAGACCGUGAGAAAACUAUUGAAGGAUAAAGGCAUUGAAUGACACGGCGAUACACAGUGCUGGAUAAAAGCAGUGAAAACACUUUAUCAGUGAUUAGUCAAUGAACUUGCCUUCUACUGUAAAACCAAGUGAGACAUAAGAGGUCUUGAUAAAUCAAUCUCAGUCAAUCAGAGCAUGUGUCAUACACAAAUAAUCUUAUACAAAAAUAUUAAAGGAACUGUAUGUAUGUAUGUAUGUAUAAAAUAUUAAUCAGCAAUUACAAAAACAUGUUUACUGCCAAUAUAUUCACAGUGGUUUGAAGUUGUGUUUUGUCCUGUUAUGACAUUACCAGUUUACUAAUUGUGGCACUUUAACACGUGGGAUGGUCAAACGUAGCAAGCUGCAGCCAUGGAUCAGAAAUGAAUAAAGUUAAAGUUGAAUGUUACCCAAACUAAAAUGCCUGAUGAAAAACAAGGGUCUAAGUUUUUAAGACAGAUGCCACAGUGGCAUUUGUUUGUUUCCUGCAUAGAUAAGUUAUAAAGUUUCAGCUAAAGUUAGCUGACACACUUUUCUCUCUUUAACGUUGGCAGGGAAUAUAUUGUGUAACAUGUUUUUACAGUCCAUUCAUUUUUCCUCGUCUACGUUGUCACUGCUCUCUACUGAUGCUUCUCCAAAGCUGCUGCUGCUGUUGCUCUAGCUGUGUUUUCAGUCUCUGUUUGUUGCUGACACAAAAACACCCUAGUUUCAUAUGGCCUCAUCCAUAAGUAUAGCUGUGUGUCAUCUGCAUAACCAUGGAACUUUACAUUGCACUUUCUAAUAAUCCCUGAAGGAAUCAUGUAUAGGGUAAAAAGUACCGAACCGAACACUGGAUGCACUGACAGUCAUGAGAUUGACAAAUAAAAUAUUUUGAAAGCAUCCUUCCAUCA